UAUAAAUACUCGGAAUCAUUUCAUAUUCUCACACUUCACCAGAAAUAAAAACCAAGAAUCAUUCAAUUCAAAAAUCACUAUUUUUAGGAUCACAGAAUCAUCUCACAGCUAAAAGAAAUGGGAGAGAUGGAUACCAAAAACGAGAAACCAGUAGCAGAAACUAAGAAAGAAGAGAAGAAGAGUGAUGGAGGUGCUAAGAAAGAUGAUGGAAUUGUUACUGUUGUUUUGAAAAUUGACAUGCAUUGUGAAGGUUGUGCUAAGAAAGUCAAGAAAUCUGUUAGUCACUUUGAAGGUGUGGAAGAAGUUCAAGGAGACAUUGCAUCAAACAAAUUGACUGUAAAAGGAAAAGUAGAUCCAGUGAAAAUUAAAGAGAAACUUGAGCAGAAAACUAAGAAGAAAGUUGAGAUUAUUUCUCCUUUACCACCGAAGAAAGUUGAAGGAGGAGGUGAAAAGAAAGUUGAAGGAGGUGAUAAGAAGAAAGAAGAAAAAAAGGUUGAAGAAAAACCAGCAGAAAAGAAAACAGAGGAGAAAAAGACAGAGGAAAAGAAAACAGCUGAAAAGAAAACUGAGGAAAAGAAACCAAAAGAGGCUCCUGUGGUGACAGUGGUACUGAAGAUUAGGUUGCAUUGUGAAGGAUGUAUAACCAAAAUUAGAAAAAUUAUAACAAAAUAUAAAGGUGUGCAAGAAGUAAAAAUUGGUAACACCAAGGAUUUAGUUACAGUGAAAGGAACAAUGGAUGUGAAGAGUCUAACACCAUACUUGAAAGAGAAAUUGAAAAGAAGUGUUGACAUUGUGCCACCACCAGCAGCGGCAGCUCCAAAGAAGGAUGAUGGAGGAAAGAAAGAAGGCGGUGGUGGCGGAGAGAAGAAAGAAGGCGGUGGCGGAGAGAAGAAAGAAGACGGUGGUGGUGAGAAGAAAGAAGGUGGUGGUGAGAAGAAAGAUAGUGGAGAGAAGAAAGAUGGUGGAGAGAAGAAAAAUGUUGAAGUAAAAGCUGCCGGAGGUGGUGGUGAUGGAAAUAAGAAAGGUGAUCAAGCUCCGGCUCAGGCAGGAAAAGCUGAAGUCGGAAUAAACAAGAUGGACUACUACGCAGGACAAGGAGGAUACGGGUACGCCAACGGAUACGGAUUCAACCCCGGGUACGGAGCGGCACCUGGUUACGCUUUUCCCGGCCCUGUGUACGGUUCUGGCCCUGGAUACGCUCCUGGUCCUGGUGUUGGUUACUCACAAGGCCCCGGAUACGGUCCUGGUCCAGGAUACGUGGUCGAAUAUGUACAUGCUCCACAAAUAUUUAGUGAUGAAAAUCCUAAUGCUUGUUCUGUCAUGUGAGAAAAAUGAAGGUCAAAAACUAAGACAAUGUAAAUAAACUUAGAACUAGAAUAUGAAUGAAUGCUUUUUCCUUCGGAGUAAAUAUGAAGAUGAGAAAUAUUUAUUUUUGAAAGACAAAAAAAGGUUUGAGGUUUUUGGUGGUGCGGUUGGUAGUACUUGGAUUCAAUGUUAUGGUAAAAAACGAAAAAUGUAAUUUUCUUAAAGUUGUCAAUUCAGUUUUCACUUUUGUUUUAA